UGUGUGUGUGUAUAGACCCGGACACGUUUCACCGCUUUUAGUCACACCGAAACGCGUCUCUCCAGCACGCAGCGCGUCUCUCUCCGCUCCGGAUGAAGUGUGUGACGCGGAUCGGUCAUGACCAGAGCAACCUGAGGCUCAUACACACUCUCUCACGCACUCACACACACACACACACACACACACACUCGCGUCUUGUGCCCAGGUUCCAGGCUUCACGCGGAAUCUCGCAGUGGUUUUUGUAAUAAUCGGCGCUUGAACCUGAGCAGAUCUACUGCUUAAAAUGAUGGCGGAUUUCUGAGGAACACCUACAAUUACACUUGAAGUUCCUGAGCUUGUUCCAGAUCGCUUCCUAAAUGGGCUCCCGCAGCCAAGGUUUCUUCCACAACCAGCAUCAUCAUCACCACCACCGCAGCUCCACAAUGCCGAGUCCGGCUGUGCCCAGACUAUUGGCUGAGCAGGGCAGUUUGCUCGGUGGCAUCGCCCAAAUCACCCCUACGCUAUUCCUCAGUCGGGGUGCCAUAGCAUCCAAUCGUGGCCUGCUGCUUUCCAAGGGAAUCACGUGCGUAGUAAAUGCCACCAUCGAGCUGCCAAAUUUCAACUGGCCACAUGUGGAGUAUGUAAAGGUUCCGCUGGCAGAUGCACCACACUCGCCUAUAGCGCUGUACUUCGACAGCGUAGCAGACAAGAUCCACAGCGUGGGGCGGAAGCACGGUGCCGUGCUGGUGCACUGCGCUGCCGGCGUAAGUCGCUCAGCCUCGCUCUGCCUCGCCUACCUCAUGAAGUACCACGGCGUGUCUCUAGCUGAGGCACAUGCCUGGGUAAAGGCGCGACGGCCUGUCAUUCGGCCCAACGGUGGGUUUUGGCGCCAGCUUAUUGACUACGAGCGCAAACUCUUCGGCAAGACCUCCGUGAAGAUGGUUCAGACGCCAUACGGGGUCAUUCCCGAUGUUUACGAGCGUGAUCGUAGGAACCUGGCACCUUACUGGGGCCUGUAAAGAAAGAAGUGGGGCUUUUUCCCGAUACAGGAACAAUGGAAGGUGAGCAGGAAUCUGAUCAGUGAACUCAGUGAAUCGCCCAGGCUGCUGACAAUUCGCAAACACCGAGACAAACGUCAAUGUUGAGUGUUGAACACUGAGACACACACCACUGUCUUUUUUUUUCCUCCAGUGGUGAGAGAGCAGGAAGAAAGACCAAGUUGAGAUUCCAGGUGACAUCCACAGUAACAGACAUUGAGCUAUUCUAGUUUGGGAAGAUGAUCUUGAGGUGGGAAGCCGAAGUCCAACUUUUAAGGCACUGUAAGAAAGUGAUGAAAGUAUCUGAAUUGGCUCUGAAUAAUAUGAUGAUGAUGUUCCAGUUGUCCUGAUAUCUUUUCUCUGAGGCAGCAAUCUGUCCUCGAUUACUGGUAGCAUUUUUAAGUAGAUUUCUGAAUAGGAUUGUUUAGGGAAAGUAAGUAAAAGCCUCAGCAUUUUGGAAUAGGUUCACUUAAACCAGGGUUUUAUUUAAUGAACGUAAUCAAACUAAUUAAAUAUUGGCCUUAUUAUUUACAUGUGUAUAAUUACAUGUUGGCUGUUUAUUAAAGCCAUAUAUCCUUUUUAUUCCUGAACUUUCCUCUGACACAGUAGGUCCAAGUUAACAUUCUUUCUAGGCUACUUGUUUUUGGGUUAUUGGAUUUUAGAGGAAACAUGUUUAAAUGACCAGUCAAACUACUGAGAAUAAUAAUGAUAAAAAUGAACUGGUCUGCUUUAUUAAAUGAUUUUAUAAUAAAUAAAUAAGCAUCAUUAUGGAUAAGAACAGGUGGGAACCAGAAAAAAAUGGUGCUGUCAAAGACAUUUGGGAGCUGUGUUUUAGUAUAUUUCCUAAUUGAAUUGAACAGAUCAUUGAAUCCUUUUGAUACUUUUGCAGUUUUCUUCUUAGUUUACAAAUAAUUCAUUGUUUGUCCUAUUAAGCAUUUUUUUUUAAUACACACUCAUUUAUAUGAUUAUGGCUGGAGAAGUCAUGAGGGAGAGUAUUCAUAAAGUCAACUGUCUAGUCAUGUCAUAAAAUAAUAUAAAAAAGUUGAGAAUAUGAAUAAUUAUGCUGAAAUUAAUAAAGUGUUAAGAAAAUAAA